AUGGCUGACUGGGACAAGAAUGAGCAAAUGGCAGCAUGGGACAAAAAAUAUGUCUCGACGAAUGUCAAACCCAAUGCGAGAAACGCAGCUAUCAUUGCGUCGGCCUGUUGUGCUGUCGGUCGCGCUGAUGUGGUCGGUCGCAUCUUUGAUGACCUGACGACCGAUGCCUCACCUGAGGACUCGCAAAAGCUCUUCAUGCAAAUGCGCGAGGCCAUUACCAUCGUGUUUCCAUACCUUGGGAUGCCUACGCUGGUGCCGGCCUGCUAUGGUAUGAUUGGAGUAGUUAACAGGAAGGGGCUCUCCUAUGCUCACGAGGAGAGACUCCGCCAACCCAUCAUCGAUGCAGUUACCGUCGACACUGGAUUUCAACUUCGGUCACAGAUAUACCGCGGAGUCGGGAACGAGGAGAUUUUCUCGCAGAUGGAGAAGCUCUUUACUGAUCUGCAUUUCUGUUCAACCGUCGUAGGUUGGGGAUUUUUAAUCUCAAAAGCCAGUGAGGAGGUUUUUGGCUUGGAGCAUUCCCAUCUCAUCGUGGCUGCUACCAUCAUGGCCCUGGGGGCUACGAGACAAACCAGGAGCCAUAUUAAGGCAACUCUAGGCCUGGGAAACUCGAUUGAUGUCGUGAAAGCAGUCGCUGAGACUGUAAUGGAUAUCUGCGACUGGGCUGAGAGGAAUAUUGAGAGUUUCGACUUUGAUGCGCUUUCGGUCGAGAUUCAAGCAGGGUUAUUAAAAAAGUAG